AUGUCGGCGGUAGCAUGCUCUUCCAGCCGUUCGAUAUACAGCGCUGCCACGCGCCCAAUAGCUUCCAGCUCUUCAGCAAGACUCACCUCGACCUCAUCCUCUUCGGUCCGAGCUCGCACAAUAUCAGACACCACCCAAUCUAAGGAGGACCUCCAACUAAGCCUCGCACUGAUCAAACCCUCCGUCUGCUCCUACCAACCAGACGUAUCUGCCAUCCUCAAAGAGAUCAAACAAUCUGGACUCAAUGUCGCCCGUAGCAAACGACUCUUCUGGACAUCCUCUGAAGCUCAUGCAUUCUACGCCGAACAUCGCGGCCGCUUUUACUACGACCGUCUCAUUAUCGGUAUGAUUUCCGGUCCAUCCCUUGCACUCGCCCUCUACGGUCCUAAUGCGAUAAAGGAAUGGCGAGCCAUGCUUGGACCCACCAAAGCAUACCGCGCUAAAUGGGAAGACCCGCAAUGCCUUCGUUCAAGAUAUGGACUGGGCGAUACAAGGAAUGGUUUUCAUGGAUCAGAUUCGCCAGAGUCAGCGGCGAGAGAGUUGGGACUGGUGUUCGAUGGAUGGGAUACGAAUUGGUGGCUGGCAAGAGAACAGGCCAAGUUGUCGACGGAUGCGGAUGGCAAGUUGAAUCCGCUCGGGUUUUGA